CAGACAGAUGCUAUCUUUUAGCCCUCGAAAACCUGGUUUUCUGUCGUGUGCCGACCCUAUCCCGCUAUGAGUUUCAAAAUGCCUUGCGCGGAAAGAAUGCGCAGCGCCCUGGCUGCGGUGUUGUGUCUCCAUCACCUAGCGUGCGCUGUGCCCACCGCUAUCAACUCCGGCGUGUCGGGUGCGGGGACGCCCCUUUUCCAGUACGAGACAGUCCAGCUCAGAGCAGAAGAUGUCUCCAGGCUCGGCGGCCAGCACGCGCCGCUGCUAGAGUUUGAGCAUGAGGGCAAUCCCGCCCCGGUGCUCAACGCGGACGAGUGCAGGGCGUUCCCGGGCACCGACUCCUGGCCGACACAGAGCGCCUGGGACGCGCUGAACAUUACUCUCGGCGGGGCGCUCAUCCCGACGGUCCCCGCCGCGGCGCCGUGCUAUCGGAACUGGGGCAACUACGACGCCGAGAAGUGCGCGGCCGUGGUUGCAAACUGGACGAACCCGUAUUUCCACGAGGCGGACCCGACGUCCGUCAUGUGGCCGCUCUGGCAGGGUCGGACCUGCAUGCCGACGCUCAACGGCAGCAGCAGCAGCAGCGGGCCGGCCGAGGGCGGCUGCACGCUCGGCGGCUACCCCGCGUACGCGGUCAACGUCAGCGCGGUGGCGCAGGUGCAGCUGGCCGUCAACUUUGCGCGCAACGCCAACGUGCGGCUCGUCGUCAAGAACACGGGCCACUGCUUCUUGGGCAAGUCGAGCGGCGCCGGCGCCCUGGCCGUGUGGAUGCACCACCUCAGGGACGUCGAGUUCCUGCCAGAAUACGCCGGCGGUCCAGGGGGCUAUGAGGGGCCUGCUUUCAAGGUCGGCGCGGGCGUGACGGUCCGCGAGAUCUACCGCGCCGCGGACAGGAACGGGGUGACUGUGUCUGGGGGAAUUUGCGAGAGCGUCGGCUUCACGGGCGGCUACCUCCAAGGCGGCGGGCACACGCCCAUGUCGGGCAUGUACGGCAUGGCGGCCGACCACGUCAUGGCGCUCGAGGUGGUCACGGCCGACGGGCGCUUCGUCACGGCCUCGCCGGCCAGCAACCCGGACCUGUUCUGGGCGCUGCGCGGCGGCGGCGGCGGCACCUACGGCGUGGUGACGUCGGCUGUCGUGCGUGCCCACCCGCGCGUCCCCGUCGUGACGUCCUGGUUCAACCUUAGCACCUACUCGCCCUCGACCGGCGCCGUCGAGGCCACCCCGGACGCCUUCUGGGCCGGCGUGCGCGCCUUCUUCGCGCGCUUCGUCGAGUGGACCGACGCCGGCACCUACUCGUACUUUUGGAUGUACAACGAAGGCGGCGGCCGCCUGCGCCUCGAGGUCGUGCCCUUCUGGGCGCCCAACCACACGCUCGAGUCCUUCGACGCCCUGACGGCGCCCUUCUUCGCCCACGUCCGCGACGACCUGCGCCUGCCGGGCUUCGAGCCCCACACGCGCGCCUUCGACGCCUUCUACCCGGCCUACCACGACAGCUGGGGCAACGAGACGGUCGGGCGCCUGCACGUGCCCGCCAGCCGGCUCUUCCCGCGGUCCGGGUUCGAGGACCCGGCCCGGUUCGACGUCAUCGUGGCGGCGCUGCGCACCCACGCCGAGGAGGGCACGGGCCGCGUCUGGGGCGGCUACCACCAGGCGCCGCGGAACCGGUCCGGGGUCGACAACGGCGUCAGCUCGGCGUGGCGCAACGCCGUCGCGUUCCUGAUCGCGUCGCUGCCGCUGCCCGAAGGCGCGUCGCCGGCGGCCGUCGGGGCCGCUAACAGGAGGCUGCUCGACGUCAUCAUGCGGCGGUGGCGCGACGCGGCGCCGGCCAGCGAGGGCGGCGGCUCGUACAUGAACGAGGGCACCCCCGUCGAGCCCGACUGGCAGGUCAGCUACUACGGGGAGCAGUACCCGCGGCUGCUAGAGGUCAAGAGGCAGUGGGACCUGAGCGGGGUGUUUUAUGCUACGACGGGCGUGGGCAGCGAGGGCUGGGAGGUCAGGGACGGGGAGCAGGGGACGCAGACACAGAAUGGGAGGCUGUGUAGAGCGUGAACCGGCCGGUGGCAGCCCCUUCCUUUUUACGGGCACACAGACGUGUGCGGGUAGCAGCAGGACACUUGUUCAUACAGUCACCAUAUGCACGUUCAACCAUUCUGCGAGAUCAAGUGCUGCUUCAAACUUGUAAGAAAAAUCCAGA